CACAGGAAAGAUGCCCAGAACCCUCUAUUCAGAGAUGCUGCCACUGCUGCUGCCCCUGCUGUGGGCAGGGUCCCUGACUCGGUAUGACACAUUCUGGUUGAAAGUGAAGAUGUCUGUGACUGUGCAGGAGGGCCUAUGUGUUCGUGUGCUCUGCUCCUUCUCCCACCCAUGGGAUAACUGUACAUACGCUGUCCCAGCCCACGGCUACUGGUUCCAGGAAGGAGCAAAUAUAGACCGGGAUGCUCCUGUGGCCACAAACAACCCAGAUCGUGAAGUGCAGGAGGAGACUCACGACCGAUUCCACCUCCUCGGGGACCCCCAGACCUACAGCUGCUCCCUGGACAUCAGAGAUGCCAGGAGGAGUGACUCUGGGACAUACUUCUUUAGGGUGGAGAGAGGAUCUUUUGUGAGAUAUAAUUACAGAGACCACCAGCUUUCUGUGCAUGUGAUGGCUCUGACGCAGAUACCUGACAUCCACAUCCAGGGUAUCCUAGAAUCUGGCGACCCCAAGAACAUCACCUGUACAGUGCCAUGGGCCUGUAAGAGGGGGACACCCCCCACCUUCUCAUGGAGUGGGAUGGCCCUUACCUCCUUGGACUCCAAGAAUCCCCAUUCGCCAGUGCUCACCCUCACCCCGGGGCCCCAGGACCACGGCACCAAUCUCACCUGUCGAGUAAUAUUCCCUGGAGCAGGAGUGAGCACAGAGAGGACCAUCCAGCUCAACGUGUCCUAUGCGCCACAGAACCUGACCAUCAGCGUGUUCCGGAGAGAAAGCACAGGAGCUCAAUCUCUGGGCAAUGGCUCCUCUCUUCCAGUCCAGGAGGGCCAGUCCCUGCGCCUGGUCUGUGUCACCAACAGCAACCCUCCUGCCAUGAUAACCUGGAUCCGGGGGAGCCUGACCCUGAGCACCUCGAACCCUGGGGUCCUGGAGCUGCCCCGGGUGGAGUUGGGGCACCAUGGGAAAUACGUCUGCCGAGCUCAGCACCUGUUGGGCUCCCUGCAAGCCUCCUUGAGCCUCUUUGUGACCAAUGCUCCACAGAACCUGACCGUCCACAUCUUCUGGGGAAACAGCACAGUCCCAGUGGUCCUGCGCAAUACCACCUCCCUGCGAGUCCAGGAGGGCCAGUCCCUGCGCCUGGUCUGUGACACUGAUGGCAACUACCCUGCCAGGCUGAGCUGGUCCUGGGGAAGCCUGUUGCUGACCCCCUCUCAACCCUUGGAUCCUGGGGUCCUGGAGCUGCCGCGGGUGGUCUUAGAGGAUGGAGGUGAAUUCACCUGCCAAGCUCAGCACCCUGGGGGCUCCUACUACAUCUCUGUUAACUUAGUUGUGGAGGGUAUCUCCUCUUCCUUCCUCCACAUCUCUGGGGAGCAGCGGGGCACCUGGCCUCUAGUCCUCACCCUGCUCAGGGGGGCCCUAAUGGGGGCUGGCUUCCUUCUCACCUAUGGCCUCACCUGGAGCUACUACACUAGGUUCAGAGGAUCCCAAGGGGAUAGCUUUGCAAGGUGUGACUGAGCCCCCUACCUCCCAGCCAUUGAGAGUUGUGGGCUCCAGAACCCUGACAGGUGGAUGAGGAUCCAUCAGACCACUGUGUCCCGAGACCUUCAAAGGCACAGCUUUGUGGAGCCAGGAGGGGCUGCAUGACAUGGCCCUGCCUCCUCUGCAGAAAGGACCCUUCACCUCUGGUCCCCAGCACUCUUCCUGAUGGUUCCACACAAAGGGCUGGAGGGCAUGUGAGGAGAUAGAUAUUUUCUAUUAUUAAUUUGAAUUAUACUUCAAGUAAUAUGUUGCAUCUGCAUGCUUGCCUUAAUGUGGUUUUGAGAAGCCCACAAUUCAACCCCCUAAUAUAAUGUUAUAAAUUCCCCAACAUAUUAUUCUUUAAAAACAGUUCAUUUUAAAGGGAUAGUUUUUUUUCAAAUCUUCAGUGCAUGGCUGUGUAUUCUAGUUGUUAGUUCUCUAUGUGAGUCUCUGCCACAGUAAGACAACUGACAGAAGGAUGGUUUGGUUCCAUGACUGGGAAAUGAGCCCAGGCCAUGGCGGUGAGAGUGCCAAAUCUUAACCACCAGGGCUGGCUGAAAAGAUAUUUUUUAAUUAGAAGAAUAAACUCUUUUAUAUUGAUCUGCAUAUUAA